CCAUGUUGGGCUUCGCCCUCUGACUAGGAAGCGGCGCUCGCCGGCUAGCAGGACAGGGAGAGAGGAAGAGGAAGGGAGGAAAUGAGGCUGGCGGGGCCGCGGGGAGCGCUUUCCCCUUAUGCACGCGCCAGCUGAGGCGGCGGCGGCGGAGGGCUCGUCUGUGGCAGGGAGGAGAUGGAGGCGGCAAAGGCAAAGAUGGGCUCUGAGGACGUGCUUCGGCAGACCAGCCGGCUGGCCUCUUCCAGCGCCCUCUUGCAGAUACUGUUCCGCCUAAUUACAUUUGGGUUAAAUGCUUUUACCCUACGAUAUGUUUCAAAGGAAAUCAUUGGCAUUGUGAAUGUAAGGCUGAUGCUGCUUUAUUCUACAGUUGUUUUCUUAGCCAGAGAGGCAUUCCGAAGAGCUUGUCUGAGUGGAAGUACAAGGAGAAACUGGACCAAAACAUUUAAUCUUUUGUGGACAAUAGUCCCCUUGGGCGUGUGUUGGUCUGUAUUCCUGGGCUGGGUCUGGCUAGAUAUACUUGAAGUUCCUGAUGAAAAUGCUGUUCCUUACUACAACUUUGGAGUGGUUGCCUUUGGUCUUUCCGCUGUAAUUGAACUUCUAGGUGAACCUUUUUGGGUUUUAGCCCAAGUACACUUAUUUGUAAGGCUAAAGGUAAUUGCUGAAAGUCUCUCAAUCAUUUGCAAAUGCUUUUUAACAGUUAUUUUAGUAGUUACGUAUCCUCACUGGGGGCUUUACAUCUUUUCUUUGGCCCAGCUUCUAUACACCAGCGUUCUGGUUUUGUGCUAUAUAAUGUAUUUCAUGAUGUUUCUGGGUUCUCCUGAAGCAACCAAAAAAUCAUUUCCAGUUACUCGUAUGAUAUCUGUUUUACCUAAUUUUGGACAAGAUGAGGAAUUUGUUAACUGGGAAGAGGCUAAAUUGACUUGGAGUUUCUUUAAGCAAUCAUUCUUGAAGCAAGUUUUAACAGAGGGUGAACGGUAUGUCAUGACGUUCCUGAACGUGUUAAAUUUUGGAGACCAGGGAGUGUAUGACAUAGUGAACAACCUUGGUUCUCUGACGGCUCGAUUUAUAUUUUUGCCAAUAGAGGAGAGUUUUUAUGUUUACUUUGCUAAGGUUCUGGAACGUGGAAAAGAUACCAGGUUUCAAAAACAGGAUGAUAUCUCCAUGGCAGCAGCUGUAUUAGAAUCACUGUUGAAACUUGUGCUUCUGAUUGGCCUGACUAUUACAGUUUUUGGUUAUGCAUAUUCCCAGUUGGCACUGGAUCUUUAUGGAGGUUCAAUGCUCAGUUUGGGAUCAGGGCCAAGUCUCCUGCGUUGCUAUAGUUUAUAUGUCUUGCUGCUUGCUGUUAAUGGGGUAACAGAAUGUUUUACAUUUGCUUCAAUGUGUAAAGAAGAAGUGGACAGGUACAAUUUUGUCAUGCUUGCUUUGUCCUUGGUUUUUCUGUGCAUGUCCUAUUUCUUGACCUAUUGGCAAGGCAGCAUAGGAUUCAUCUUUGCAAACUGCUUCAACAUGGGGAUCCGAAUCGCACACAGCAUCCGCUACAUCCACAACUAUUUUGCACAGACCCCUUAUAAGCCUUUAAAGGGCCUCCUUAUAUCACCGUUGCUGUUGGUUGUUUAUGUCAUCUGCGGAGUGGCCAUGGGCUUUUCAGAGGUGUUCCUGUGCUGUGAUAAAGGGUGGCUGGCCAGGUUAAUUCACGUUGCUGUAGGAGCACUGUGUUUUACAGCAACUCUUGCCACUAUAUUCUUCACAGAGACCAAGCUGAUCCAUUUUGUUAAGAAACACAUUUUGUCAAGAUAUACCAAAGAAGUGCUAAAAUAAUCAUGUACAGGCUAAUUUCUGUACAGUGGUACCUCUAGAUGCAAAUGGGAUCCAUUCCGGAGUCCCAUUCGCAUCUAGAAGCAAAUGUAACCUAUGUUCGUGCUUCUGCGCGUGUGUGGGUCAUGUUUCGGUGCUUCUGCGCAUGCGCGUGAUGUCAUUUUGAGAGUCUGUGCAUGCGCAAGUGGUGAAACCCAGAAGUAAUGUGCUCUGUUUCUUCUGGGUUGCCGUGAAGCACAACUCGAACGCGCUCAUCCCGAAGCACAUUCAACCCGAGGUAUGACUGUAUAUGAAAUGCAUAUAUUUGCUAUGGAGGAGAUAUACGGAGAAUUAAAUACGUAACUACUAUAAUAUACAGGUGAUACUGUCCGUGAAACAUACACAACUGAUAACAAGGUAAUUCACAGCAAUUUAAGCUGAUACAUUUGUUCAAAACACCAAAAUUACACCCGUGGCAAGCAACUUGGUAAGUUUACAGCGGAAGGUUACUGCUGCCCAGUAUAUGAAUGCAAAUAUUACACAUAAACUUCACUUGCGGAAGCCAGCUGGAAAGUACUGGGCAUUACUCUUGUGAUGCUACACUGAUGUCACAUUGAACUGUAAUAUACUUUAGAGACUGGAGGUGCACAUCACUUGACUGCUUCUUAACUCUUGACAGUUAGUUUACUCCCAAAUUUUAUUCUAAUCCCAAAACAAAAAAAUAGUUAAGAACACUGGAGUCCAGCUAUUUGCACUGGCCAGGGCGGAAGGUUUUUUUUGGGGGGUGGGAUGGGGUGGAUUUUGCUGUGGCAGCAUGAGGCUGGUGCAGCAGAGAGAUUGGAUUAGGCCUAUUUCUGGUAACAAACCAGAAUGCCCCAUUUGGGAGGUAUAAUCUGCUGGUACCUUUUGCUUACCUGCAGUUUAGGUGGGCCCAGCCAGGAGUUUGAGAGAGGUGGCGUCCCCCAUGCCAGGACAACCGUGCAGAAUGUGGUGGAUGGGACAGCUUUGCCUCAUCAAAACACCCUUCAGUUUGGUGGAUUGCUGUGCUUAAUAGGUAGUUUGUCUGAAAUGUCAUGUAGCCAUGCAAAAUUGUUGUUGGACUAUGACGCAUUUUAGGAUUGAAUUGCUUUACUUUAUUGUGCCUGAGCCUGGAAGGCACUAUAAAAGAAUUUAAAUUAUUUUUUUUGCUGCCCUUAUAAGAUUAUUGUAAUCUAGACAAGCAUCUCUGGCCCCUGUAAAAAGUGCUGUUUGUAGCACAUAGCUGCAAACCCCUUAACUACAUUGGGACCGCUGAAGAAAAUGAGAUAUUUUUUCCAUGUAUUCUAUAUCUCAUGAUUUACCAGUAAUUCUUAAAACAGUUGUUAGUAAAAAUGGAUAGAAGAGGCAUAAAAUAAGCAUAGGAGAUUUUUCCUCAUUUAAAAUUAGGAUUUUCAUAUAUUGAUGCCUUAACUAUUUUAAAAAUAGUUUUGAGGGCUGCUGUAAGCUAAUGUUUUGAAAGCCUUAUAGGGGAACAGGAAGAUUAUCUGGAGAACUGGUAAAUACAAAAGCCAGAAUACAGUAUUACAAGAAUAUAUAUGGACAAAUAAGGUUUGUUGUCAGUAAAGCUGAAACUUGAAAAGUAUUAAGAACAUAACUGUUUACUAUAAACAUCUCUUAUUUUGUUUAACGCAAACAAAUCAAGCCUAAAAGCGACUGUUCCUAUUUCCUUCAGCUUGAGGAAUUGCAAUGUAUAGGAUUGCACUAUAAAGGCCUCAUCACGCCUAAAUUUUGAACAAGGCUAUAACAAGUGUGUGUGUGAUAUGGUAAGAGUGUCAGCCGAAUCAUAUUCUGCACUAUAAUGAGACUAUGGUUGAGGAAGUAUGUUCUAUGAUUUACAAUUAGAAAAUGGUUCAGCUGUCUGUUUUGAAAACUGGACAUGUAGGAGACAUAAUUUGAGGGUGGUCCAUACAAAAUUUGGGGAAAAUUAUUAUUAUUAUGAAUGAGUUAAACAUUUGCUAAGAGAGUAGCAUGUUGACAGAUGCUGUGCAUUUUUCUUUUAUGGACUAUGCUAGGGUAUUUUUAAAAAUAGCCAUUUGUACUGCAUCUUGUACUGGGGAAAUGGUUUAUUGUAUUAGUUUAAGGGGCACAUCUAGUAUGUGCUGUUUUGACAAAUAGUACUUUUGGUAUGUAGUUUUUUUUCUUAUUGAAGAGACAUUUUUCUGGCCAAUGUUAGUCAAUAGACUUGAUUAUUCUGCUGUUGCCAGGUAACAGUUUUUGGCCAAUCUUAGCCUCAGAAAGUACAGAAGCUUGCUGUUGCUAGGCGAGAUUCACACAGACCAGGCCUCAGCCUUGAAGAGUUGUCCAAAAUGUUAACAGUUAAACCAACAGGUUGUUUAAUUGAAUGUAUUUUUUUUAUAAUAUAUGUUUUCUAGUAUGUUCAUGAAAUGUUCUGUGGAAUCAGGAUUGACUUCUGUUCUCUGCUCAUAAGUAUGCAUACAUUGCCGAUUCAUUGUUUCAAAAAAUGUCAGAAACAAAUUAAAAGGUUUCUAUAGAGGCAACACCCUUUUUUAGUUAAAUGUAUAAUUUGUUUCCAGAGUUUGCAACUGUUUGUUAUCUUGUAUGGCAGGGAUAUACAUUUAAGAAUGCAGUAAAGUUGUAGGGGGCCAAAACAUACCUGUGAUUGUAAGCUGUGAUUAAUGAAAGUGAAUGGGUCUGUUCUUCUUUGUUGUUGGUUAAAACUGUAUGUCUUUUGGGUUGCUGGAUUUUAGAAAUUCUGCAUUCCUUUCACUGUAAUUCUAAACACACUAAUGAGCAGGCUUUGUUGAAUGCCAUGGGAUAUACCUCUGGACAAACAUGCUUAAGAUUGCAAUGCAGGACCCAAAAUGAGUAAAACAUUAUUUUAUUAAAUUUAAUGUUAAAAUUGAAUAAGUCCUUAAAUUUGUACUUCUGAAAGAAAAACAUCCUUGGUUGCUAACUUGGGGGUGUGUGUGUGUGAAUGUAAAAGUGCUAGUGGAAAGCACACUUGGUAGCAAAUGUCAAUCAACUUGUGAGGCAGUUGCUAAAUGUAUGGUGUUGAAAGAUGCUUUCUUCAUUGCUAUCUUUGACCCAUUGACUCAUUUACAGGCACACUCCUCAUUCUGCCUUGUAGGGUCAUGUGUAGGCACUGCACGAGUUGUAAAUCAAAUGUUUAAAUUAUUUAAUUUUGAUUAAUUUUCCCAUGUAAUCUUACCUACAAAAAUCCAUACCACAGCAAAUACGUAUCCUACAAGAUAGACUAAACAACACAAACUGCCUCUCUGGAAUUAGUUUUAACAUUUCUCCAAAGUUUAAUAUAAUCUGAAUACGUAUUAUUGAAGCUCUGCCUUAUAAAACAAAAAGUUGGAAUAUUUUAUAUUCUGAAAGUGAAGGCAAGUCUGGUUCUAUUUUCUUUCCUGUCUUAAUUUUAUUAUAAUAAAAAAAGCAAAUCUUA